ACGUUAAGUGAGAGUUGUCUGCACAACUACUGGGUGAUUUGAAUACCACAAAGGCCCACCCAUUGUACAAAACAAAAGGUGUCAUUGAAUUAUAAAAUAGUUUAGAAGGCAUGUUAUAAACAUGUAAAUCAUGAUUCUUACGCUUCAACUUUUGGAGUAAGUGUAUAUAUCGCUCAAAGUUAAAUACAUAAGAGCUAAAAGUGAUAAAAGUGGGCUCCGAGGGGCUCUACUGCAGGGUUAUGACUCAUUUAGCUUCAAACAUUCACAAUUGAGUGGAAACUACUAAAAAACCCUGAUAAACUGUUAUUGUAGACACGUAGGUGUAUACAAAGGGUCUUUUGAAAGGCAUCAUAAACCAUCUCUGGUGUUGCUUUUAAGAAUCAUCUCAGUACUGAAACACAUGUAUUAGUCGUGUUGUGAUUAAAUGUUAAAAAUGAUUUGAGCAAGUAGCAUGCAUUGAAAUAAUAAUACAUUUUGUGACAGUUUUGGUAGAAUACAAACUAGUCGGGCAAGAAGAACAUAUCUGUAUAUUUCUGUAAUUUUUUCAACUGAAAAUUGAUUUUGUUGCUUGUCAUUUAAAAAAAAAAUUAUUUUAAUAUUUUAUUUGUCUUCCUUUAUUUAGGUGACACAAAUAUGACUACAUUAUUUUGUAGAAAAUAUUUUUAAUUUCCUGUUGACUUUUUUUAUGUUCUCUGGUUAAGUAUUGCAUUUUUAUAGCAGCAGUGUGGAUGUGGUGGGAAGGCACCGCACAGACACCGCUUGAAAGGUCUGAAACCACAUCCUGAGUCACGCCACUGAUGAUGACGAUGACGCCUUCGCAGGGACAAACCAGAACAUUGUUCCACUGAGUAUUCUUACACAGACAUCAGUGCAUUAGCGACUCUGUCGGCCUGUUGACUGAUUAAGUGGCGGCAUUUAAUAAAAAAUAAAAAGUUUCAGCUGCUGGGGUUCCAUUUGCCUCACCUGCGGCUGGUAACCAUGGCUGUCAGACCUGUGUCCUUAUUGUUGCUGUGGUACCUCACUUUGUGUGUUCAUAGAAUCACGUCUUUGUGCAAUGUCACCUGCUCGACGGACUACGAUGUUUUACUGAACUGUUCCUGCUCUGGUGCUCAACCGACCCAUUCAUAUUCGGUCAAAGUCAUAUGCAGGGAUGAAGAACUUGAAGUUAGUGGCAGCUGUGAAGUCAAACCACCUCAAUCUUGGUGCAUAAUGUAUCCGGAAGAGCUUGAUAAAGUUACAAACAUUGAAACCAUAUGCACCGCGACAGUCAGCCAAGAAUUGAUGAAUACCAGUGAGUCAUCCAGCUGGUCACUGUGUAAUGUGGUGAAGCCUCUGCCUCCAGUCGAUGUUAAAGUGACAAACACUGACGGAUUCUACAACAUCACUUGGGACCACGCCAAUAACAAAGACUGCCUCACAUACAUAGUGCGCGUAAGAGAAAGCAAAGACUUGUCAAAGCUACCAGCUCUUUCACGUUUAGUGCCAGUAAAAUACAUUCAGAUAGACCAUAAGAACCUGCAACCACAUGUCAACUAUACUGUAGAUGUUCAGGCCCGAAUGUGCCUUGAGAAUGUCUAUCGUGGUCCAUGGAGCGAGUGGAGUUCCACUGCAGGAUGGAGGACUAGAGGAACUUCUGCAGGAAUUGAAGGAAUCAAUGGCUGGUGGUGGUACAUCUCCCUGUCCGUCGUUCUUGUUCUUGUUCUCUUGUUUUUGGGUUAUUCACAAAAACCUUGGUGGCAGAAAAAACUCCAGCGGAUUAUAUAUAUCCCCAGGCCGGAUGAGUUUUUCAAGCCCCUCGACCUCAACUAUGGAGGGAACUUCAAGGAGUGGGUGAAGCCUGUAUUCAGCGAGUACGAUUACCUAAAAGUCAACUCACAUGCUGAGAUGAUAAGCAAGAGGCAGCACAACGUCCUUCAAUGGAACGAAAGCUACAGCAAGGACAACGAGAUGAAACAAAGUGGUCAUUUACUCCACAUGCUGCAGCCUCACAGCAACUCACUGCUGUUCUUCCAUGAUGAUGGCUGUUCCCAGGGCACCGGGCACUCCACCGGACACGUCUCCAUCCACACUGUGACCCUGUCUGGAGAUGAAGAGUUUGAGGAGCAAGUUGUGUCACAGGGCUCUGCGCGCACCCUCAGAAGUUACCAAGAUGGUGAAAGCUUUGGUUCAUUUGAGGAAGACAACAGACAACACGCUGGCUAUGACUUAGAGGAACCUCAUUGGCAAAGUGGGAUAUUACCACAACAUGAAAACCAAAUAUCGAUUGACUUAUCAGUGGAAAAUAUAAACUUUCAGCCACGUGCUCAGCUUAAUGAACCAGAGAGGGUAUCACUCGACUCGUUUGCUUUAAACGAGCAGUCAGAAGACGGCUACCCCCACGUGGACUUGGACACUAUUGACAGUGGUUUUGGAGAGUGCAGCAGCCCUGGAGCCUCGGACUCAAACAUAGCACAGCAGAUGGACUCCAGUUUAUUUAUUGAGAAUAAAAGCUCAAAUUCUAACUACGUCAAACAGUGGAUGAUAUGUAGCACUAUUCAAGAAGACUGUAGCAACUUAGAGAACGAACUCAACGAAGCACAGUGAUUUGCACUGCUGAUUAGCCACAACCACAGUUUGCAGAGCUAUGGAACACAUGUUUAACAAAUAAUACACAAGAACAAGAAAAUACACUUUGAUAAGAAGUAAAUUGGAAGUAUCUGCUCUGCAUAUAUUCCUGUAAAUCUUGAAGUGUUAGUUGUGCACUUUGUAAAUAUGUAAAUAUAACUACUCGGGCAUCUAUGUUUUUAAAACGUGUGCUUUUUGCUUUUAAAAGACAGUUCAGAGGCUGAGAUUUUGUUGGCGAG